AUGGCGACCAGAGCGCUAUCCUUCUCCUCGCUCGCCUCCACGGUCUUCGCCUCCCUGCCGCGGCCCUCACCUUCGCCUCCCCUCCUCCUCCUUCUUGGUCCUCGCCCCCGCGCCUCCUCUCUCUCCACCGCCGCUGCCGCUGCUCCCGACGACGAGGACGGCGUCGACACCGUGGAGCAGCUCCUGCACCCGCGCCCGCCCGCCGCCUCCUCCGGCUCCCGCGGCCGGAUCGACCGCCUCAUGAAGCUGCAGCGCCGCGCCGGCGGCGACGCCGUGCCCGGGGCGGCGGGGCCCGGGGGCCGGAGGAGGUGGUUCCCGUACCUGGACGCGUUCCGGCCCGCGGCGGCCGGGGGCGCGGAGCUGUGCAGCGGGGAGGUCAUCGAGGUGCUGGAGCCGCGCAUCCUCGAGGCGCGGCGGGACCGGAUUCGACGAGCCGUUGGCAACCGGAGCUACGCCGUUUGCCUUGUGGUGGAAGGCCUCUCCGACUUCGGCAACGUCUCGGCCGCGUUCCGCUCCGCCGAUGCGCUCGGCGUGCAGUCCGUGCACGUCAUAUCCUGUGAUGCAGCAAAAGGUGCAGAGGUUUGUGUGUAUGACAUGGAUUGGUCUCAACCAACAGCUAUUGUUGUGGGCAAUGAGCUUAGGGGUAUAAGUGAUGAUGCGCUAGAGCUAUCAGAUUUGCACUGUAGCGUUCCAAUGAAAGGCAUGGUGGAUUCGUUUAAUGUAUCUGUUGCAGCUGGAAUCCUCAUGCACCAUGCUGUUUGUGAGAGUUUCCGCCUGGGCCAUCACGGUGAUCUCUCACCUGAAGAAAAUAGAAUAUUGAUUGCUGAGUUCUAUCUGCGACAUAGAGAAAGCACGGCUACUAUAGUUCAUGAAUAUGCCAAAAGGAAGGCAGAAAAUUUUAUGGCCAGACUUUGA